GGGAGAUUUUUCUGAAGAACGUCUUCGCGAUGUUCCCCGCCAAGGUAGAGAAGAAAGCAUCCGGUGGACAUUGAUCUGUUGGGCUGACACUUUGUUCCGUAACUGAACUUCGCCCAUACUUUUGGUGAGCUGAGAUUCCAGCCAGAAUUCACGAUGGCGACAGUAAUACCUCCACCCAACAAGCGACAAAAGCGCGAGCAACUAGAACGUACUCAAGUCCAUCAAGAUGUCCAUGCCACGGCGCUCGAAGCUGGAUCAUUCCGAGUCCGAUUUAUCGACAACGAACAAAACCAAUUGGCUGAAGUUGUCGAAAUUCCGCUAGGCGAUGCAAGCGAAAAGAAUGUCAGCCUGUUACUCAACACACUCCUGGGCCGUGACCGCGAAGAUUUCACUCCUUACCGCUUCCGAAUCCACGUUCCCUCCUCGGACACGAUAAUAGACACGUACCCGACUCCCGCAGAGUUUAUGUCUAUCCUUCGAAAGCAUGGCGUCAACAAUCCGUUCGAAACCACCCUUACCCUUUCGGCAGAGCCCCAGGCGGUCUUCAAAGUCCAAGCAGUAACACGGAUGUCGCAUAAGAUACCCGGGCAUGGCGAAGCUAUACUUGCGGCGCAAUUUUCUCCGAGGUCGAGCAGUCGCCUUGCCACAGGGUCGGGUGAUAAUACGGCGAGAAUCUGGGACACGGAUACUGGAACCCCGAAGUAUACCCUAGCAGGUCACACUGGCUGGGUGCUGGCCGUAGCAUAUAGCGGAGAUGGCAAUAGACUGGCGACUGGCAGCAUGGACAAGACCGUGCGCAUGUGGGACGCAGAUACCGGCAAGGCGGUUGGUCGCCCAUUCACAGGUCACUCCAAGUGGGUAACAAGUAUAGCUUGGCAGCCCUUCCACCUCUGGGAAGAUGAGACACCAAGGCUGGCGAGCGCAAGCAAAGAUGGUACGGUCAGGAUAUGGAUCGUCAACACCGGACGGAUAGAGCACGUCUUAUCAGGACACAAGGGAAAUGUUUCUUGCGUGAAAUGGGGCGGAACGGGACUCAUAUACACCGGAAGUCAUGACAAAACCGUGAAAGUGUGGAAUGCAGUGGAUGGUACCCUGGCUCGAACCUUGUCCGCACACGCUCAUUGGAUCAACCAUCUUGCGCUCUCUACAGAUUUUGUUCUUAGAACGGCUUAUCAUGAUCACACGAGGAACGUGCCUCACACAAUCGAAGCUCAGCGGGCAAAGGCGAAAGAGCGAUUUGAGAAGGCUGCUACGAGGCAAGGUAAAGUUGUGGAACGUCUCGUCACUGCUAGUGAUGAUUUUACUAUGCAUCUAUGGGACCCAGAGCAGACAAAGCCUCUAGCGAGAAUGCUAGGGCAUCAGAAACAGGUCAACCAUGUCACAUUCAGUCCAGACGGCACUCUCAUCGCCAGUGCCUCAUGGGACAAUUCAACGAAGCUGUGGAGUUCUCGAGAUGGGAAGUUCAUUAAUACCCUUCGGGGUCAUGUUGGCCCUGUUUAUAUCUCAGCAUUUUCUGCGGACUCUCGAUUGUUGGUCACCGCAUCCAAGGACACAACCCUCAAAGUGUGGAGUAUGGCGACGUGCAAACUAGCGAAAGAUCUUCCUGGACAUGAUGACGAGGUAUACGCUGUAGACUGGAGCCCGGACGGUAAAAAGGUAGGCUCUGGCGGAAAGGACAAGGCUGUUCGUUUGUGGAUGAAUUGAGAUGGUUCGAGCGUAUUUCUGCGGUAGACCUCGCAGAUUUGUUUAGGGCACAUCUACUUCUCUAACUGGGUAAUUGGUCACGCUUUGAACUGGAGACUAUCGCCCCUGAGAUUCUGUUUGGUCUGCUCACGACGGAUUGGCUGGUUGCAUGGUAUGGGGUUGCAUUAUUAUGAUGCCAUGCAGCGUGAGAUUUCUUGGGAUACUAUGAACACUCAGAGAAGGUCGAAUGUCUGAAGACAUUACGGCAUGGCACUGUGGGAUACAAGUCCAAAAGGAAGAUAUGUUGUAACACGAAGGCAGCUCGUCAGAGUGUAGAUGGCUCUCAAGACAGGCAUCAGUGAUCGCGGGGAGAUAAUGCAUGCCCUAGACUCGAAGCUAUAGCAAUACACGAGAAUGCCAAUGGUGACGGAUAGAAGAAGUUGCCCAACAUUUCAGGCCUUGUCUCAAACCGUAAUAUGCCAAAUCACUCAUGCCCUUGUAUGCACACCAAUAAUACCC